CCCCUCCCCCAUCCUACCUCUAGCCUAGAUGCAGGACUGUGUAAUUAGUUUGAGCCAUGGAUGUGUGACCCAAGCGGCCAAAGCAACAAUGUCCUUGUUACAAAAGUACAAAAAAACGUCAGGUAGAUUGUUCUACGAAUACAAAGUAGUCUAUACUGUACUAGCACAGCGGCUAGCAGAAAAGAAACUGUCAACUCUGCUGAAGGUGACGCUGCUAGCGUGCAGUGUACAUGUAGCCAGAUGUCUUCAACCUGAGGCCGGGUACAACUCGCUAAGUAAAGUCUUAUGACUGAAAUUGCAUGACCAGCUGCACCACUGCAUCUUUGGACCGUGUUCUACCACAAAUUAAUUUGUUCUCUCAGUCCACCAUUGGUUCACGAGUCGGAAUAAUCAGUAGGCUACCGCGUCCCGGACUGCUGUCAGCGCGCUGGAGCUUGAACGUGCGCCGCUAUUAUACCGAUGCAUAUUAGAUUUCCAUAGCUUGACAUAAUUGCAUGCACCAGUUGACAACUUAGACUCCCACUGCCGUCAUGCUUCGUACACUUCUAAGCCGUUCCCGUCAUUCACGACUACCCAGGGGACCGCCGUCUGGCAGCACCUGCACCCGCGCCUGGCAACAGUGCAGACACGCUAGCGCCGAGACAUGUCGUCAUGACAACAUAGUGCACUCCCCGUUCGCAGACAUCGAGUUUCCGGCCGGCAACGUGACUCUACCAGAGUUUGUGUUCUCGGGUCCUCGGCGAAGCUACACAGCCAUGGAGGAUGCCACCACGGGCCUCAAGUACACCCUGGACCAAGUAGAAGAGAAUUGUGCACGGUUCGGCGCUGGCCUCGUGGAGCAUCUGGGCAUGCAGCGCGGCGACGUGGUCACCGUCCUGUGCCCCAACCGGCCCGAGUACGCGCCGGCGUUCCUGGGCACCAUGAUGGCUGGUGGCGUGGUCAGCACGGCCAACACUGUGUACACGUCGCACGAGCUGCACAAGCAGCUCCACACCGCCGGUGCCAAGUAUGUGUUCACCACCACUGAGCUAUUCACAACAGUGGUGGAGCAAGCGAUUAUCAACACUGACGUCAAGGGCGUCAUCCUAUUGGACACUGAUGGGACGCGGCCCUCCAGUAUUGGCAACAACAACGUCACCGUUGCUCCAUUUCAGCUGCUGUUGCAGUCCAGUGCUGGCCUCCUGCCUAGAUUCACUGUGGAUGCUGCUAAGGACACUGCCGUCAUACCGUUCAGCAGUGGCACGACCGGCUUGCCCAAGGGAGUCAUGCUCUCGCAUCGCAAUCUCAUAGCCAACGUGCUGCAGAUGGCCAACGAGCCAGAGCUGUUGUACUAUCGGCAGUCCGACGACGAGUGUGUUCUGUGCGUCAUGCCGUUCUACCACAUUUACGGAAUGGUCGUCCUGCUGGCCAGUGGUAUCUACCAGCGAUGUCGCCUAGUGACCGUACCAAAGUUCGAUCCGAACACACUGCCGGGCAUCAUUAGCCGCGAGAAGGUGACACAGCUGUUCGUCGCGCCGCCGUUGAUCCUGUUCUUGCUGAACGAUCCGCGUGGCCAAGCCACCGACCUGUCCAGCGUUCACUACUCGUUCAGUGCAGCCGCUCCGCUGAGUAGCGGCGUGCAGGAAGAGCUGAGUAAACGCCUGCAGGGGAGACCAGUAGUGCAGGGCUAUGGUCUAACAGAGCUCAGUCCUGUCUGUCAUAUAUCACCUCGAAGUAGCUACAAGCUGGGCUCAGUUGGUGUUCCGACACCGAGCACUGAGGUGAAAGUACAGAGCCUCGACGGGGAGUCACGCUCAUUGCCUGCCUUUCAGGACGGCGAGGUCUGUGUCCGUGGGCCACAGAUCUUCCAAGGGUAUUUGAACCGCCCAGAAGCCACGGCUGAGAUGCUGGACUCGGAAGGCUGGCUGCAUACGGGCGAUAUCGGACACUACGACGAAGAUGGCCACUUCUUCAUUGUCGACCGUCUCAAGGAGCUCAUCAAGGUGAAAGGAUUCCAGGUUGCCCCGGCUGAGCUGGAAGCCGAACUUCUCCACCAUCCUGAUGUCACGGACGCUGCCGUUAUUGGUGUACCGCACGAGAGGCUUGGCGAGGCACCUCGUGCGUACGUGGUCCGACGACCCGGCUCGGAUCUGACGGAGAGUGAACUGUCGGAUUUCAUAUCGUCUCGGCUGGCAGCCUACAAGAAACUAGUGGGUGGCGUCGAGUUUGUGGACGAACUACCGAAGUCUCCAUCGGGAAAGAUCCUGCGGCGUAUACUCCGUGAGAAGUGAAAGCACCUUGUGCACAAUCGGCGAUCACCUCGACUCAUAUAGCGCAGAGCUGUGCUUCUUAUCUGCAACACCAUGAGAAGAUGGAGGCAGGGCAGGUGCGUAGAGCAGCCUCGUGUCACUGACAGCUCUAUUUCGCGGACGCAGCCGAAAGUGGCUGCAUAAGUACUCCGUGCUUGGAUGCAGCAAUUCUAUUUUUGUAGUGAAAAAGACUGGGAGCAACAAAAAGGUGACAUUGGCUGUAUCGCUUUCAUGCACACGCUUCUACUAGGAUUUCUAUUUAAUAAGAUUUUCGGCAGCUGUCUGAACAACCCUUGACUAUUUGUGUGUGUGUGUGUGUGUGUGUGUGUGUGUGUGUGUGUGUGUAUGUGUGUGUGUGUAUGUGUGUGUGUGUGUGUGUGUGUGUUUGUGUGUGUGUGUACAUGUGUAGUGUUCGAGUAUGUCAAAGCAACAAUAACGACGAUAGGGCGUAUUGCUCAGAAUAUCUACCUUUCAAAUUUAGUGGCUCACACCGGAUAACUAGGCCAAAUUUUCUCUUUCGAUUGUUCUUUUUCGUAGAACGACGUUCAUGAUUUGAAAAUUUUGAAUUUGUAAUAAUAAUUAUUAUUAUACUUGCUGUGUACUUCACUGACUAGGUACUUCUGUUCAGCUGACAUAGGCAGGCGGUACCCGCGGUGUACAAACCAUAUACAGUACACCACAGCUAAUUAUAUCCCACCCUACUUUAUAGUAUACCGUUCUUCCUUGUAUGACA